AUGAAUUUGGACGAUAGUCAGAAGAGCGUCGGGAAUCCCGCAAACGACGAUAGCAGCGCUGCAGACAACGCCAACGCAAAUACCAACGCAGGCGUCGACAGCGGCAUACCGCAAAUCAACGCGGUGUUUGGAAAAUUACCGUUCCCUAAACUAAAUUCCAAGUACAAUAUCGAAUCAUGGUUUAUAAAGGUAGAUGCAUGGUUCGAAUUGCACGGCUUCGGUAUUCGUAAGGAGAAAGACAAAUAUACCGCCAUCAUCGCACAUGCCGACGACUAUAUUCUCGACCAAGUCUUUGAGCUAGUUCGCAAUCCACCAACCACGACCCCUUACACUACGCUAAAAAUGGCCAUAAUCGAAAAAUUCAGCGAUUAUGCGAUGGCCCGACUAGAUAGACUCACCGGUAUACAGUUAGGCGAUGGUAAGCCCAGCCACUUGCUGAGUCAGAUGCAACGCACAAACGCCACCAAGGAUGAAUCCGUAAUACAGCAAUACUGGCUAAAGCAACUACCCGAAGCUGCUCGUGCCGUUAUAGCCGGUAUGCUGCAGGCUCAACCGAGUACGCCCUUACACCAACUCGCCAUUACUGCCGACGCCGUACUCGACGCACUUAGCCGCGACUCCAACGCCACGGCAACAACCAGAGGGCCAGCCGUCAACGCCAUCGAAACACUUACCAGCCGAUUUUCUCUGCUCGAAAAAAGAAUCGAAAAGCAGGACUCCGUUCUCGAGAACAUAAAUGCCAAGUUGCAUCAGCUAAUGUCUCAAAACCGCAGCCGACAGCGAGAUCGUUCACAAGGUAACCCAAAACGCCAAAGCACACCACACCUCAGCUCCAAGGUAGAUCAAUUGCCGACAUGCUGGUACCACCGCGAAUACGGCACACAGGCUCGUAAAUGCAGAAGUCCAUGUGACUUUCCCGUCAAAAAAGCAGACAAGCCAAAAAACUAA